AUGAUAGAAAGAGAUCAUCCUGGUGGCCCCUUUCUGGCCCUGCAGGCCUUGGAAGUUGGAGCUCCAAGGGCUAGCCAUCUCAACACCUUGCCAUCUUCUGGUGGUGUCCUACCUACUGCUGCAAGGACCCUUGUUCCAUCCAAAUCCAUAGUGGCUAUGUUUGACUGCAUGACAUUUGAACGCAGCUGUCUGAAACAUCAAGGGUUGGAUACAGCUGUCAUCUUCACCAUUUUGGCCUCAUGCAGACCUUCCACUGUGUGGAUAUAUCAGGCAACCUGGACCAAUUUAUCAACUUGGUGUUUCUACAGUGAAGCUGUGUCCACAUAA